CAAUGGCGGGUUGUGAGAGCAAAACUAAAAAUGUAAACAAAAAAUCAAAGAAUAGAUUCUAGUGAUGGGUAUCCUGAUCUAAACUUCAAAUCAUGAUUUGAACCAAGUGCAAAUAAUUCAUAUUUCAGAUGAAGCGAUCCACAGGUGCAAUGAACGGCUCCAGCAUCCAGACCACCACCCAGAUGAGCCAGUCAACCGUGACCGAUUCGGUCUGGAAUCUGUCCGCCAUCUUCUGGAGCAUGGCGGAUGCGGAGAAUCCUGAGUCCGGCGUCGUGCGAUAUGUCUUGAUCGUCCUCUCGGUCCUCGGCCUGCUGCUCAACUCUGUCGUCAUUUUUGGGUUGUGCAUGAAGCCCCUCCUACGCACACAUCGGUCCAGCUUGUUCAUCCUCUCUCUGGCCGUGGCUGACCUGUUGGUCAGUGGCAGCACUCUGGCACUCAACGUCAUCGUCAAGCUAGAUGUGGUGUCUAUGGACAUCCGGGUACCGUCCAACAGACUGGCGUGCUACAUCUGGUCCUUCAUCGUCGUCCUCGUCUGCUCCUCCUCCAGCUUUAACAUCUGCAUCAUCGCCAUCGACAGGUACGUGACGUUAUUCGUCCAGCUCAACCACCGUGACUGUUUCACCAAGUCCAGGAUCACACUGGCACUCUGCGCCAUCUGGAUCUUUAGUUUGUGUCUGGCACUGCCCAUUUUUCUCACCAAUCUCAAGAACUUCCCCAAAGUCGUGGCUGAGAGCGUCACAGACGACAGUACACGAAAAUUGUGUGUGCUAUAUCCGAAACCCGUGUACACAGUGUCCAUCGUUGUCGUGGUCAUCUUCAUCCCAUGUCUCUUUGUCUUCGUCAUCUACAUGCUCGUCUUCAUUAGAGUUUACAGAAGUAUAGGUAGCCGCUUGUUAAUCUAUGUACCUCCUAAACACCGUUAUGUGGAGAUAAACAGAAGAGAUUAUGAAGAGAAGAUAGCAUUCCAACCGCAAGAGAUUAACUAUGAAAUCAACAUUCUCCCGCCCUUCCACACUCUCCAAGACACGGAGCCAGACCCUGACCCUCCAGUGCAUGGGGUCACAUCUGAGAAUGUUCCAGAAAAAAUAUGGCCAGUUGAGCAUCGCAUACUGAUGGUGCCUACAGACAGCUUCCAACACGACAUCUCAGUCAACAACAACAUCAGCACCGACAUCGACAACGGCUACAUGGAGAGUCUCAGCGUGAAGGAAGCUCCAGAAAAAUCCUUCUCCUCCAAGCUGUUGUCUUCACGCAACGAUUCCUUCCACCACAUAUACACGGACAGGCUGAUGAUCAAAACCACCGCCCCCAAGUGGUCUAUGAGGGAGAGUGUCAAUCAAGUUCUGCGCAUUCAUUCUUUUAACAACAACGAGAAGAAGGCUGCUUACAUCCUAUCUAUCAUCGUGAUGGUGUAUGUCAUAUGUUGGCUACCGUUUGGAAUCAUCAGUGUCAUAGAAGCGUUGGGUAGCUUGCACUACGCCAACCAAAUAAAAGAGAUAAUGGCCAAACAUUCCCUCUCAAUUGUUGAGUACCUCGUCUCACGCGGUAGCAACUUCCUGCUGACAUAUGUGACGGGCCGCAGCACCCCCCUCUUUAGCCUGCAGUAG